GAUUUACUAUGUUGUCAGCAAGCCCCAAAAAGCAGAAAAGGGAGGAUUCAGACGUCAACAGCUGUAUGGUUCAUUUGUCAAAUCCUUAUUUGGAUGGACUGAAAGAUGACAUACUGUAUCAUUUUGACCUUGGAACCCGCAGCCAUGAUUUGCCCGCAAUGUUUGGUGAUGUAAAGUUUGUAUGUGUUGGUGGAAGUCCAUGGAGAAUGAAAGGAUUUACUCAGUACAUUGCUGGUGAGCUGGGAAUUGGAGACCCGAAUGCAGACUAUCCAAACAUUUGUGCAGGAACUGAUCGGUACUGCAUGUACAAAGUGGGCUCUGUCCUGUCAGUGAGUCAUGGCAUGGGCAUUCCCUCAAUUGCAAUAAUGUUACAUGAACUCAUCAAGUUGCUGUAUCAUGCAAAAUGUUCUGAUGUUACAAUCAUUCGGAUUGGCACAUCAGGGGGCAUAGGGCUUCAGCCAGGCACAGUUGUUGUUACAAAGCAAUCAGUUGAUCCCAAAUUCAAAGCACAGUUUGAACAAAUCAUUCUGGGUGAAUCUGUGUUUCGCCACACUGACUUGGAUGAAGAGCUUGCAGAAGAACUCCUGCACUGCAGCAAGGAACUAAAUGAAUUUGAAACUGUCAUAGGCAAAACUAUGUGCACUCUAGAUUUUUAUGAAGGACAAGCCCGUCUGGAUGGUGCAUUCUGCUCCUACACUCCUGAUCAAAAGUUCAAUUACCUAAGAAAAGCUUAUGAUGCUGGUGUCAGAAAUAUUGAAAUGGAGUCAUCUGUUUUUGCCUCAAUGUGCAAAAUGGGAGGAAUAAAAGCUGCUGUGGUGUGUGUGACAUUGUUAAACCGACUGGAGGGAGACCAGAUUACUAGCUCACACGAUGUUCUUACAGAAUACCAGCUACGUCCACAGAAACUGGUGGGGUAUUUUAUCAAAAAACAACUAAAGAAGUCCAGCCAGUGAAGUGACAUAGAAUUGCUUUAGGAAAUUUUUUUUAUAUUUAUAUUAAUUUCUUGCCUGGUUUUUAAUUUAAUAAUCUAAUAAUUUAGCUAGUGCACUUUUGGAUUAGAACACUUCAAUACAUAACAGUAAUGAUUCCUG